CUCAGGUGCCGGGGCGGGCCGCGAGGAGCCGAGCUCACCCCCCAGGAAGGCGGCGGGCGGGCCGUGGGCCUCACCCUGCCGGUGCCCGGUAGCUGUGACCGGAUCUCCCCCGAAAUCUCUCGCUUCUCACUCGGCUGCCCCACUGACAGAGAAGUAAGAGAGAUCAUGGGGAAACUGGGCUUUGAGAAGGGUUGGGUUAAAGGAGAGUGGCAAGAGCAGAAGGAUGAGGGAAAACUGCACAUGAAUGAAGAAGAAAUACAGAGGUACAUAGAGAAAUUACAGGGUUACAUAGAAAAACUGCAGAAGAAUGAAGAAGAAAUGCGGGAGAACAAAGAAAAAAUGAAGAAGAAUGAAGAAAAGAUACAGGAGAUCGAUGAGAAAAUACAGGAGAUCAAAGAAAAAAUACAGGAGAACGAAGUAAAAAUACAGGAGGACAAAGAAAAAAUACAGCAGAUCAAAGAAAAGAUACGGAAGAAUGAAAUGAAAAUACAGAUGAUCAAAGAAAAAAUACAGGAAAAUGAAGAAAGUGGAAGAAUGAAGAAAACCGAGGUGGAUGGCUGA